GUCGUGGUUCUUUUAAAACCAUUUAUUAUGCAACUUAUGAAAAUAAACCUGUUGCUGUAGGGAUGUUACAUCAUAAUGUUGGUCAAAGUGAUUUUGAACGCGAAAUUUAUUUUCUUAAGAAUUUACACCAUAAAAACAUUAUAGAGUUUAUUGGGAUAUGUUAUCAUAAUGAGAGAUGUUGUGUUCUAACUGAAUAUUGUGAUCACAGAAGUUUGUUAGAUUUUAUGAAAAGAACUGAUGGUAUAGGUUUAAAGGAUUUGAAAUCAGAUAACAUUUUGAUAAAAUCAAGUAAUACAGAUUACAUUACUGCAAAAAUUUCUGACUUUGGAGUUUCAAGAAUAUCACAUAUGGAAAUGCUGAUGUCUACAAGAGCAUAUCCUAAUUGGAAAGCUCCAGAAAUACUAGCUCGUACGUCUGCACAUUACAAUGAAAAGAUUGAUAUUUAUUCGGCUGGACUUGUUUUCUGGGAAAUUUUUACUUGGGGAAAGGAAGGAAUUCCUUAUUCAAAAUUUAAUCCCAAGAGUGAAAACGAUCUUUACAGAUUGGUUAUGCAAGGUGAUCGACCAUCUGUAGAUCCUUUAAUAAGAAAUAACAUAGGAAAUUCUAUAAUUGACUUAAUACUAAGUAUGUGGGAAACUGAACCAGAAAUAAGGCCAAGCAUAGAAAUAAUAGUGACGACUUUAUCUGAGAUUCACAGUAAUAAUGUUAGGGGAUAG